UCUCGGUAGUCGGUAUGAAAUGUGUAGUGUACUAGAUAUCUCAGAUUGUUUUCCAAUUAAUACGAAUCCAACAGUUAAAAUUUUUAGUCUUUAAGUUAAAAGUUUAAUAUUUACGUUUAAAUAGAUCAAUAAAAAAAUCGUUACAUUUUUGAAAUAUAUAAUAUCGGGCAUAUUUUGAAAGAAGGCACAAUGAAGUGUUUCUAUGAAGUGUUGGAAGUGUCUCGCGAUGUCUCUACUGACGACUUGAAAAGAUCUUAUAAGAGAUUAGCAUUAAGGUGGCAUCCCGAUAAAAAUCCAGAUAAUGUUGAGGAAGCUAAAGAACAAUUUCAAUUAAUUCAGCAAGCAUAUGAGGUACUAGGCGAUCCGCGUGAACGUCAGUGGUAUGACAACCACCGCGAGUAUAUUAUUAAUAGUGGUGAUACACCUGUUAAUGAGCUUAAUCUUUUUAAGUAUUUUUCACCUUCUUGUUAUAAAGGCUUUGGUGAUGACGAUAAAGGAUUCUAUUCUGUGUAUCGUGAGGUAUUUAAUACUUUAUUGAUCGAAGAAAGUGUUUAUUUCGAAGUGGAUCCUGAUGAAAUUCCAACAUUUGGUCGAUCAGACAGUGACUAUGCUGAAAUUGUGCGACCAUUCUACAACUUUUGGUGUGGUUUUAACACACAUAAACCAUUUGGAUGGUUAGAUGAAUAUGACAUACGGCAAGCCCCUAACAGACGUGUGGUCAAAUUAAUGGAAAAAGAAAAUAAGAAGAUUCGUGAUAAAGCUAAGAAAGAACGUAAUGAUAAAAUACAAGCAUUAAUAGAGUUUGUACGUAAACGUGACAAACGAUUAAAAGCAUAUGCCGAGACUCUUAAGUUAAAAUCAGCUGAAAACAGUAAGCGAAUGGAAGAAGCUAGAAGAAAAAGAAUAAAAGAUAAACAAAAAGAAAUGGCCAAUUAUAAAGAAUCUGAUUGGUCUAAGUUUUCUAAUGUAGAAGAGGAGUUAAAGGUAAUUGAAGAAAGUCUUAUUGCCGAGUAUGGAAGUAGUGAUGAAUUUGAAUCAGAUGAUGAAAUGGCCAAUUGUUUAUACUGUGUGGCUUGUAAUAAAGUAUUUAAAACAGAAAAAGCAUUUCAAAAUCAUGAAAAGUCUAAAAAGCAUAAAGAAAAUAUCGAACUUAUCAAAGUUGAAAUGUUAAAUGACGAACAAAUGUUGAAUAACGAAGAGCCUAUUAAUAAUAAUAGUUCUUCUGAUGACGAUAGCCAAAGCCAGUCUGGUGAAGAAAGUGUUAUAGACGAAGCAGAUUACGAUAGCUCAAAUAGCAACGUGGAGUCUUGUAAUAGUUUAAGUAGUGAAACUGAAGCAUUAGAAUUUACUACAAAUAAAAUAAAGAAUAUCAAUCUAUUAAAUGUUCAGAAUGAUAUUGAUACAGAUGAUAUAUUAGAAGCUGAUUUAAGUAGUGAAGAAGAAACAACAAAUGUAAAAAGAAAACCUAGUAAAAAGAAAAAGAAAGAUUCACAGACCAUUAAUGAAGUUAAUGUAUUAUAUUGUUUGAUGUGUGAUCAAUCUUUUAAAACCGAAAAAGCUUUACACAAUCAUCAGACAUCUAAAAAGCAUAAAGACAAUGUUAUAUUAUUAAGUGCUAAGAAAACCAAUGAUGAUGAUCAUAAUCCUAUUUCUGAUAACGCUGAUAAUAAUCCAGUGCCAGAUGUGGAGACUAAAGUAUUAUCAGAAGAGAUUCAACCUCAAGCUGAAUCAACAACAGAAAAGUCAACAAAAAACAAAAAAAAACCAAAAAUAGUUGAAACUCCUAAAAUCAAAAAGUCUAAUCAUGCUUGCGGUGUAUGUUCAUCAGUAUUUUCAUCGAAAAAUAAAUUACAUCAACAUUUAAAAGAUGCAAACCAUGCAGUUUUAAAAACAGUAGUUGUAAAUGAUCGCAAAUGUAAAAAAAAAGGAAAAUAAUUAUUAUAUAAUCACUUAUUUUAUUAUAAUUAUUAUAAUUAUU